ACUGGGUCUGGCAGGGAAAGGGUGGAUUGGGUCGGCACAGUAAAGUUGAUAGGGGUCGUGUUUUGGAGGAGCACGUAUUGUAUGUAGCGGGUAGUGAGAAGUGCAGCGGGUCCUUCCUGUCAUGCGAAUUGGGCUAAGGGAUGCCCAAGAAGUUUCAGGGAGAAAACACCAAGUCUGCUACUGCCCGUGCCAGAAAGGCUGAGGCAAAGGCUGUAGCUGAUGCAAAGCGUCAACAGGCACUGGAGGAUGCAUACUGGCAGGAUGACGAUAAGCAUGUCCAGCGCAAAGAGCAAAGGAAGGAAGAAAAGGAAAAACGUCGCUUAGAGAUGCUAGAGAGAAAGAAGGAAAGCCAACGCUUACUAGAGGAAGAGGAUGCCAGGAUAAGGAGUAAACAAGCAAAACCUGCACCCUCAAAAGUGACACGUGCACAGAUAGAAGAAACUCUGCAAAAGGAAGAUGUUCAGAAAGCCAUUGUUGAAAAGCCGAAGACACACCUAGAUAUGCCGCUGGAAGAAAAUGUAAAUCGUCGUGUGCUAGAGGAGGGAGAGGUUGAAGCACGUUCUGUAGAAGAAGCCAUAGCUGCACUAAGUGUCAGCAAAGAGCUUGACCGCCAUCCUGAACGUCGAAUGAAAGCUGCCUUUACUGCAUAUGAAGAACAAAAUCUGCCACGCCUGAAACAGGAGAAUCCAAACAUGAGGCUUUCCCAAUUAAAGCAACUAUUGAAAAAGGAAUGGAUGAAAUCUCCUGAAAAUCCCAUGAACCAGAGGCACGCUGCCUACGAUGCCGACUAACCAACUGUAAUUUUGAUGUAUAACUCAGAGAUGGGACGACAGCUUCACAUGCUUUACAGAGAGCCGAGAGUACAUGUAGGACAUCUAGAAUGUAUGUAUAUUGGUUGGCAGACUUUGUUGAGGAGACAGGGCACUUAUUUGGUUUAUUCAAGGCUGCAUGUGCCAAAGCCUGGCUGAUGGGAAAAAAAAAAAAAAAAACUUUGAAAAUGAAAUUGGACUUUUUUUGUUUUGUUAUGGCACUGUUAAGUUAACGACUCCAUGAUUCUCUAUAAAAAUAAUGAUUUGUAGUGACUUGCAUUAUUUAACUACUAUACAGUAUGUAUUGUUUUUGAAUAAAUUUACCUAACAAAAGAGAA